AUCCAAUUACAGCUUCAGCGACUGAUGGCAAAGGAUCAAGAUGUUCUUGUUUGGCAGUUGGUUCAAGCCAGCGAUUUUUUCUUGAAAAGCGCACAUUCGAUUGGUGCAAAGGCCCUGCGUGACACGUCUGGUAACACUCUGAACGAAUAUAAUACAUUGAUCAAAGCAUCCUUGAACUGCCUGUUCAAAAUCUUAAGACAUUACUCGGCAAUAUUAGAUGCAAAGAUCCAAUCAAUCCUAUAUCACAAGACCGCACAUAUACUUUUCAAAGAGACAAUAAGUUCUGAUCUAGCGUUGGAUUACUGCAUUAAAGGAAUACAGAUAUGCAAAAGGAACGAACCAGGUCUCACGGUAAUUAAGUUGAAGUUACAAUACCUGAACUUCCAGAUUCAGUUCCAAUCGAGCAGCUCCCCGGAUUCAAAGAAACAAGCCCUAUCGUACUUGAACAGCAUAUUGGAAAGGGAGCUUCCAGAAGAUCCGUCUUACUUAAAUAUACGCGUUUUCUUCAGUUUGAUCAAACUCGACUAUUUCAGCUCGAUAUACACUCCUGAAAGGAAAAUAUCGGAUCUGAAAAAACUUUGUUCCAUGGUGGAAAGCAACUUAUCCAAAGAAAAUUACUUAUUCCUGCAGAUUAUUUUGGCAAAUCUCAUUGAAUUACAGCUUUUAAAUAGCAUUUCACUUUCAGAAGUUAAAGAGAGUUUGAGCAAGCUCAAAGGGUAUCAGCAACCAGAUAAUGUUUUCAGUGUGAAAAUCCCAAUUCAAUUUAGGGGCAUCUCGCUUCUUUUUGAAGUACUGUUGUCUCUGUAUGAAUUUCAGUUCGACAGAUGUACAGAAAAUAUUCAGAAAGUUGAUUCGUUUGUUAAAUCAGUUAAACAGUCAACACUUAAAACUUGGUCGUCUAGGCUAAAUUUUAAUUUUUCUCUAGAUAAGAGUAACUCGUCAUUCCCUGUUGAGUUUAAAUGGCAUUCUUUCAAAGACUUUUCCCUUAUAUCCUACCUCUAUUGCGGAAUCUUAUGUUCCUUCAAGUCAUGGGAAAAGAAAUCUAAGAGCGAUAAAAUCCUAAGACUUGUCAGUUCCUCUUUGAUUACAGAUAGCAAUCAAUUUUCCCUCACUUUUGAGGAUGCCCAAAAUAAGAAAGCAAAGCAAAGCUAUCUUCAAAUACUUACUACGGCGUAUCAGCUACUGUCAGAUUUGAUCAAAGACAAAUUUCCCGCCCUUGAAAAUACCGACGAUACCAAUCCAAAUUCUUUAACCUCUGUCUUGCAAAACAAUUACCACGGACUCUUCAGCUUUAUUGACUCAUAUGAGAAAAGUAGAUACUCAGCAUAUGAAUGUGCCGUGUACGAUAACUUGCUUCCUCUAAUUCAAUAUAUUUUUGCCAUGAUUUACCAACGUAACGGAAUGUUUCACAAAGCUCUGUAUCAUUAUUUUAUGGCUCACAUAUCAUGUUCCAAAUCAAAUACAAAGGUGAACUUUUUAUCGUCAAACUCUACUUCACAUUCUGAUAAUGAGGUAUUCAACGACCCCAUAUAUGCAGACUUUGUUCAAUCGAAUAUGGGUAUUUUUGGUACAUAUUCACAAUCUUUAGGACUUAGUAAUGAAAUUUAUAUGUUGUCCACUAUAAACGCGUUGCCAAUAAUACAACAUUUGAUAGAGCAACAGAAACAAAGACAGAGAGGCUUAACUGAAUUUGAUAUUGGAUACGAUACUUACCUUACAAGACUUUUAAAACUUUUGAAAAUAAAGGACUCCUUGUCUAUACAGAUUAAUCAAUUACUACGAACACUGAACAGCACUCCACUGAAUCCAGCAGCCACACUAUCAAUUCCUCAAAUUACCAUUUCAACCUUGUGUUAUUUUUAUACUACAGAAGACUAUACAUUUCUAUCGAAAUUGAAUCUCAAGGAGAUUGAAAAGGCAUCGCCGUUGCUUACUUCAUUUUUGUAUCUUAUUAUGGGAUAUACUUACAAGAAUGACCUUGGUCUCACAGAAUUGGAAAAUCUUAACUGUCGCGUGGGCUUUUACACUUCUGCCUGUAAUUAUUCAGCCAAAGCAUGUAACUCAUCUUGCAUCAAUGCGAUCGCUCAAUUAGGCUACCUUGAAAUCUGGAAGAUCAUGAAUCACAACAAGAAUCUGUAUACUCCAGAGAGUAUCGGUCGUGUUUAUCAGAGGUUUCAACAUUUUGCCAAAGAUUUGACUGAGAUUCCUGAUGGGUCUUCUGAUGAUCAAAACCGUAAACGCACCAAGCGUGUGAAGUUUGUUUAGGAAGUUAGAAGCUUCUUUUUGAAAUUUUAGCAUAUUUAAAUUAGAAUACAAUAGAGUUAUAGGCAUGAAAGGUAUCGAUGAAAAAUACUGUGAUCCUGAGAUUAAAAAAAAAGAGAAUCAUAAAGAAACAAGUAUUAUGUGCAAACGUCUAGAUCGCAUCUGGAAGGUUGUUUUCAGGUUUCUUGUCCUCACUCUUCAACGAGGCAGCAUCCUUCACACGGUUGUCCUUCUUCGGAACUCUUGCUAACCAAUAGAAGAAGAACAUGAAAAUGACGUUAAUGGCAAUGAAACAAAUGAAAAUACCCCAGUCUCUCCAGCGCUUGUAGUAGUUCACGUGCACAGACU